AUGUCAUCUGCAGAUCCAGUCGCCAAAGGCGUCCCCCCUGUGAUGGCGAGCGGGUUGAAUAUCGGCCUGCGUUCAUACUAUCAGACCAAGAUGGAUCAACUGGAGAGCAAGAUUCGCGAGAAGCAAGAAAACCUGCGCCGCUUACAAGCCCAACGCAAUGAACUCAAUUCAAAGGUACGAAGCCUUCGGGAGGAGCUUCAACUGCUGCAGGAACCUGGCAGUUCCGUCGGCGAAGUGGUCAAGGUCAUGGGCAAGCUCAAGGUCCUGGUCAAGGUCCAUCCUGAGGGCAAGUAUGUCGUCGAUUUUGACAAGUCCAUCGACAUUACGAAGCUCUCCUCCACUGCACGUGUAGCUCUCCAGAACGAUUCAUACACGUUGCAUAAGGUGCUCCCGAGCAAGGUCGACCCGCUCGUGUCGCUGAUGAGGGUUGAGAACGUGCCUGAUUCCACAUACGAGAUGAUUGGAGGGUUAGAUGAGCAGCUUAAGGCGAUCCGCGAAGUUAUCGAGCUCCCUGUUUUGCAUCCUGAAUUGUUCGACGCACUCGGCAUUGCUCAGCCGAAGGGAGUUCUUUUGUAUGGGCCCCCAGGGACUGGAAAGACUCUCCUAGCGCGGGCGGUGGCACAUCACACCAAAUGUACGUUUAUUCGUGUUUCUGGAUCGGAGCUCGUGCAAAAGUAUAUCGGAGAAGGAAGCCGGAUGGUCCGCGAGCUUUUCGUUAUGGCGCGUGAGCAUGCGCCGUCUAUCAUUUUCAUGGACGAGAUCGAUUCCAUUGGUUCGACGAGGAUGAACGGCGGCGGAAGCGGAGGAGGAGAUUCGGAGGUGCAGAGAACGAUGCUGGAGCUUCUCAAUCAGCUUGAUGGAUUCGAGGCGACGAAAAACAUCAAGGUGUUGAUGGCGACAAACAGACUGGACAUUUUGGAUUCAGCUCUUCUCCGGCCGGGACGAAUUGAUAGAAAGAUCGAAUUUCCGCCACCGAACGAAGAGGCGCGGAAGCAGAUUUUGAAGAUUCAUUCGCGGAAGAUGAAUCUAGUGCGUGGGAUUGACCUUGCCAAGAUCGCUGGGAAGAUGACGGGGGCAUCCGGAGCUGAGACCAAGUCGGUGUGCACGGAAGCUGGAAUGUUUGCGUUGCGGGAAAGAAGGCUCUACGUGCAGCAGGAGGACUUUGAGUUGGCAGUGGCGAAGGUGAUGAGGAAGGACCGCGAGGCAAACGAGUCGUUGCGCAGACUAUGGAAAUAAAUGUAAUCUAGUCGAUUGCGGGCAGUGUUACUA